AUGGCGUUCGGCUUCCAAGCCGUAGGCAAGUCACCCGACUUAGCCAUUCCAUUCAGUCGUCGCGGCAAGCAGUCGUCCAGUCGCGACACGGGCGUGGCGCGCCUAAUACUGCCGGCGGCGUGUCUCGCGCUCGUCUUCGCGGCGUUCAUCUGGGCCUCGCCGCACAGUCGACGAGCCCUGCGCACCCACACAGGACAAGGAAGCGGCGCGGCCGACGCGUCAGUAGUGGGGGUGGGCGUGGGCGAGCCCAUCGAGAUUCGCUACGAGAAUCGCGAAAUCAUGGAGUUGCCGGCGGCCGGCACGGACGCGGCGAUCGCUGCCUUUCAGUCGGAGCUGGAAGAGUCGGCGGCAAUGGCGGCGAGGGAAGAGCAAGGGUCGGCGAGCGGCAACGGGGAGAGUGAGGGCGGCGGAAACAGUUUUCUAGAAGCAGUGGAGGCGAUGAAGGGGGAAGGGGAGGGGGCAGAGGGCGGGGCGGGGCGGAGUGAGGGGGAAAUGGGCGGAGAACAAGGGGCAGAGGGGGUGAAGGCGGUGUUGGCGGAAGCGGUGGGGGAAGCGGAAAGCGGAGCCAGCAGCAGCGGUGCUGCGGGGGCUGGCGAGUCGAGCGCGUCUGAGCAGCGGGAUGGGUCGGCGGGCGGGUCGGCGGGCAGGGUGGAUGUCACGCUCCCGCCCGGCACCAGCUCUUCCGCCUCCCCUUCCGCCCCAUCCUCGCCCUCCUCCCCCUCGUCCUCCCCCGCGCGCGCGGAUCUGGUGGAGCGCUUGCGCAACCUGACGGCGGUGCUGGAGGGCAUCCGCCCGCUGGCGGAGGAGCGGGGGAACGCGCAGCUGGUGAAGCACAUUCGCGCGGCGGUGGAGAAGAGCGGCGCGGUGACGGCGCGGUGGGAGGAGAGCGGCGCGUGGGGCGGCGACGACAAGGUGACGGGGCUGGUGAAGCUGCUGGAGGCGGUGGCGGCGCGUGCCAAGGAGUGGCGCGGCAACGCCGCGACGAUCGAGAAGUUGCGCGGCGAGGUGGAGCGCGGCAAGGCCAAGGUGGCGGCGCUGACGGCGGAGCGCAACCAGCUCGACCUGGCGGCGGCCAAGGCGCUGCCCAAGUCGCUUCACUGCUUCAACCUCCGCCUCACCGUCGAGUACGGCAGCAACAAGGACCUGCGCGCGGCGUCGCGGCGGCGGGAGCGCAAGCAGCGCGCGCUGCUGACGGACCCCGCGCUGAUGCACUACGCGCUCUUCUCCGACAACGUGCUCGCCGUCGCCACCGUGCUGCGCUCGCUCGAAGCCAACUCCAAGAACCCCGACCGGCACGUGGUGCACGUGGUGACGGACAGCAUGAACCUGCCGGCCAUGCAGGCGUGGUUCGCGCUGCACCCGCCCGUGCACGUGGCGGUGGAGAUCACGUCCGUGGAGUCGCUGGCGUUCCUCAACGCCUCCUACUGCCCCGUGUUGCGCCAGCUGCAGGCCAAGGCGCUCAAAAAGUUCUACUUCUCCCAGCACGACGACUCAGCGAACCAGACGAGCAGCGGGGUGCCGCGGCCACAGGGGUCCGCAGCAACAGAGGCAGAGGCAGCGGGGGCGGCAGCGGCGGCGGCAGUGGCGGGGCAGAAGCUAAAGUUCAAGAACCCCAAGUACCUCUCCAUCCUCAACCACCUCCGCUUCUACCUCCCCGAGAUGUUCCCAGCGCUGGACCGAGUGGUGUUUCUGGAUGACGACGUGGUGGUGCAGCGCGACCUCUCCCCGCUCUUCUCCUUGCCGCUGCACGGGGCCGUCAACGGCGCCGUGUUCACGUGCAGGGAGGGCGACGCCUUCCACCGCCUGCACAAGUACCUCAACUUCUCGCACCCCUUCAUUCGCGACCACUUUGACCCCGAGGGGUGUGGGUGGGCGUACGGCAUGAACGUGUUUGACCUCGCUCAGUGGCGCCGCAAGGGGCUCACAGACGUCUACCACAAGUACCAGUCCAUGAACGCGGAGAGGCAGCUGUGGCAGCUGGGCACGCUGCCGCCCGGGCUGAUGACGUUCUACAACCUCACAGCCCCGCUGGACGCGCACUGGCACGUGCUGGGGCUGGGCUACGACAAGGCCACGCCCACCCACCUCAUCCAACAGGCCGCCGUGCUGCAUUACAAUGGCAACGCGGUACGUCCCCUCCCCCUGCCUCGCCACACCUGUGCCCCGGCCUCCAUGCCCAUCUGUGCUGCCACCAAUGCCGCCAUCCCCACUGCAUUCCAGUCCCCUUCCUCGCCUCAUGCUUCCCCCUCGCCUCCUCCGGUUUCCCUCACGCUUCCUCAUCAUAUCUCUCAAUAUUUUCUCUUCCCCCCCCUUCCUUUCCCCGGUCUCCGUUUGUGGCGCUGUGGGCUCACAGAAGCCAUGGCUGGACACGGCGAUCAAGGAGUUCAAGGGGCUGUGGAGCCGGUACGUGCUGGCGGAGGAUGA